AUGGAUUUCCUCACAGAGUAUGCCUACAACGACAGUUACUAUGACAAUGGGACCGUCAACGGCACGGACUGCGAGCCCAAGCAUCCGUACAACUACUAUGCCAUGCUCCUCACGCUCCUCAUCUUCGUCAUCGUCUUCGGCAACGUGCUGGUGUGCAUGGCCGUCUCCAAAGAAAAAGCCCUGCAGACCACCACCAACUACCUGAUCGUGAGUCUGGCCGUGGCCGAUCUCCUGGUGGCCACGCUGGUCAUGCCCUGGGUGGUCUAUCUGGAGGUGGUGGGAGAAUGGAGGUUCAGUAAGGUCCACUGCGACAUCUUUGUCACCCUGGACGUCAUGAUGUGCACUGCCAGCAUCCUUAAUCUCUGCGCCAUUAGCAUUGACAGGUAUACAGCUGUUGCCAUGCCAAUGCUGUACAACACAAAGUACAGCUCCAGGAGACGAGUCACGCUGAUGAUCUCGGUGGUGUGGGUCUUGUCCUUCGCCAUAUCCUGCCCCCUGUUAUUUGGACUAAAUAAUACAGCGACCCGGGAUGGCGCGGUGUGUGAGAUUGCGAACCCGUCGUUUGUGGUCUACUCCUCCAUCAUGUCCUUCUACGUGCCGUUCAUCAUCACGCUGCUGGUGUACGUGCAGAUAUACGUGGUGCUCCGCAAACGGCGUAAACGCGUUAACACCAAGCGCGGCUGCCAAGCAGUGGACACUGACCCUUACGCCACUCCCAAGGACAAGUGUGCUCAUCCGGAGGAUGUGAAGCUAUGCACAGUGAUCGUCAAGACCAACGGAACUAUCCCCAGCAAUAGCAACAAAGGUCUCCUGGUCAAGGACGUUGCUCUCCACGGCAGUGAGCUGGAAAUGGAUUUAAUGGCGAGCGCCUCUCCAGCGGAGAGGAGGAAAACGCUCGCCCCAGAAACAGGCCAGCUGCGGCCGCCCGCCGUGAGCGCCGACGAGCCCUCUCAGGUCGAGAGGCAGGCCAACGGGGACGGGAAGAACGGCCACGCCAAAGAGGGCCAGUCGCCGAUGGCCGGCAAAACUCUAGAGACCCAGGCCUUGCCCAACGGCAAAACCCGCACGGCGCUGAGCAAGGCACAAUGCAAGAAAAAGAUGUCGCAGCACAAAGAGAGAAAGGCCACUAAGAUGCUGGCCAUUGUCCUGGGUGUGUUCAUCAUUUGUUGGCUUCCGUUCUUCAUCACGCACAUCCUGAAGACCCACUGCACCAGCUGUGUGGUCCCGCUGGAGAUGUACAACGCCUUCACCUGGCUGGGGUACGUCAACAGCGCCAUCAACCCCAUCAUAUACACCACCUUCAACAUCGAGUUCCGAAAAGCCUUCAUUAAGAUACUGCACUGCUGAUGGCGCUGCUUAGCUCUCGCGCACAGGGACUGGGAAUCAACGUGGCGGCAGGGAAGGGAAAAAAACAAACUGUCCGUUGAAAUGCUGAAGAGAGAAGGUCAAAUCACCUCAGGAUUUCAACGCUAGGCGAGUCGAGGCUAGAUAAACAGACUCAUUACACGCCGGCACUUUGCUCACACCUCAUGAAUGUACUGUACAAGUAGGGCUUUAUCAGUUUCCCCUCUCAGCAGUGAAAAAAAAAUAAACCCCUCCACAUAGAUGAGAAAAAAUGAAUGGACAUGAUGAAUGGAUGGGUGAUUAGAGCCAGUGGCCAUUUUUGGAGCACUCUGUGACAACUCCCACAUGGCGGGGGAGAUCAUAGGGCUUCAUUAGUGGGCAGCUUCUCUUCUCUUCUCUUUUUUUCUGUGGCAAUAUAGAUGUUACAAUGUUCCUGUGAGGGCCGUCUUGAUGUACAUUGUGCAGAACACAGAAUAUUCAGUAUUAAGUUGUGUGUGUAAAAAUAUUGGUGUGUCAGACUAUGUAAAUAUAAGACAAAGAGCUUUCUGUAUAGUGAAAUCAUGGCCAAAAGAGACGUGGUAUGAGACAAAUGUAUAUUUUGCAAAUUAAGGCCCAAAAUCAAAUAAUGGCUUUCUAGAUGGGGAUCGUCCUUUGGCUUUUAAAUCAAGAUGGGUACUUUGCCAUGUAUUGAGUCAUUUUUCCAUGUCAGAUGUCAUUUGU